GACUGGCUUUAAAUUUUUUAUACUUAUUUGCUAAAAAAAAGCAACCUGAUCGAAUAUCCAAUAACGAAACCAAGACUGAAGUUGCAAACGAAACAAUGAUAUGUAGCUAUAGUUUGAAAUACAAAUUAGAGGAGAUUUUAGAAAACCGUCUUAUAGUUUCGGUAGCAAAAGUACAACCAAUCUGUCAAAAUCACCCAAAGUUAAAAAAAUCUAAAAAAAAGAAUUUCAAAAAUAUGCAAUCUACAGUAGUUUUGGACAAUAUUCUUAUACCAACAUGGUUUUCACUGAAAAAUAAAUAUAUCGUUGAAUACUGUAUCGAAUUACUAAACGAUCACGAACAAUUUUCAAAUAAGUUAAUAAAUACAGAAAACCAGCCAAUUAAAGCUAACCGUUAUGACAAAUCAAAUCAUAAAUCUUUAGCUGAUGUUUUAUCUAGUUUUGAUGCUGUUUUAAGAUUAGAAGAAAGUUGGCGCUUGAUGAAAGAAGCAUCAACUGACGGAAUUAAUCCAUUUUCUUAUUAUGUCGAUAAAUUAGUGCAAGUAAGAAAAAUAACAGAGAAAAGUCGCUUUAUAAAAGAUUCAGAAAUGUUCUUUCAAAUAUACCAAUCUCGUUCAGGCAACAUUGAGCCCUUAUUGGAUAAAUCUUACUGGGGAAGUCGUCAACAACUUUUAUCUGGAAAAGUAAUUGCUGAUUUUGUUGCUGAACACUACGGUUUUUUAGAUCCAGUUUUUGGUGUUUUGUUGAACCCAACUACAGGAAGAGUUGGACCUGGUGACGGUGGUUUAAUGCACAACAUUCUAUUUGAUAAUGAUGGACCUUGGGCUUGUCACACAGCUGUUCACGAUGCAUUCGGAUAUUUAAAGACAUUCCAUAAUAUUGGACCAGGCUACAAUUACUUAGGUGGGAUUUCAGCGUUUGAAACUGAACACUGUAUGGCUGGACAGUCGUGUGGUUUACUGUUCUGGAAAGAAACUUUAAUAAAAGUAAAAGAGUUAAACAUGUAAAACUCUAUGAUGCUAAGAAGUACAAAUUCCAAACAUAUUGAGAAUAAUGAAAAGUAAAAACUUUAAACGGGAAGAUUAUAAGUUAAAACUGUUUAUAUAUUAUUAUAGUUUAUAUAUUGUUAUAAACCGUUAAUUAUAUAUAUUUUUUAAAAUAAACAA